AUGCACGAAACAAACAGUUUAUUUAGAUCAAAGUAGGAAACACUAAUUGAAAAAUUAUGUUAGUAAGAAAUAAUUAAGGAAAAAGUGUCUAUCUAUUAACAUAAGAGUAAAGAAUUUGAGUUGGAGGAAAUUUAUAUAUAUGAUAAUGUUAUUGUCAUAAAGAGUUUAUAUUUUGAAUUAAGCAGAUGUUAUCAUGAAAUUAAAUUAACAAAGACAAAGAAUUGCGAUGGACUUUAUGUGAUCAUCUUACUAAAUAAUUAUGGAAAGGAAUUUAUUAUAGCAAAUAAUGAAUAACAAAUGAAGAGAAUUUAAGUUUAACUGAAAAGAUUUUGUAUAAACAAGAACUUUUUUGGAAAGUACUAAUUAUUACAAAGAAAUUGUCUACCCAUAUCUUAAGCUAUCAAAGUAUGAUUAAUUAGUAUAUUAGAAUAAUAGUGAGGAACAUUGCACUUAAGUUUAUGAAAAAAAAUUAUUAAAGGAUCCCAAAGAAUUCUAAAUAUUUCACAAUUCAAUUACUAUAAUGCAAACUUUAAAAACUAAUCCUUGGUCCCCAAAACUAUAUGAGGACAAUUAUAAGUAUUAUAUUCUUGGUGAAAAGAUGAAACUUCAAUCAUUAGAGAAUUUAUUAUUGAAUGGAUUUGAUUUUAGAGAGAUUCCUUUCGUAUCAAUUAUAUAUAUGAUCUUACAAAAUUUAUAGAAGUAUUAAAAAAGAAACAUUUAUCAUGGAAAUAUCAAUCUUUAAUCUGUUUUUAUUAAUAUUGAGAAUGAAACUUUAGAAAUAGUUAUACUUUAUCCUAGAUAUAUAGAAAAUAGCAAUUAUACAAUUGAAAAUGAUCUUUAUAAUUUGGGAAUAUUAAUAUAUUAAAUUACAUUUUAUACUAUGACUAACAUAAUUAAUAAACAUGUUGAUUUGGAUCUAAUCAAUAGAAUUCAUAAUUAAAUGGCUGAUCAGAAUUAUAAAUAAAAUUAAUAUCCAUUUUUGUUUAGAGUUAGUUAAUUAGAUCUAAUAAGAUAAUUAGUAUAACCAAAUAUCACUUUAAAUAAAGCCAUAAAACAUCAAUGGUUUGUUACUAUAUAGCAGAAUAUCAAACAUUAGCAAAUUCAUUAAUAGUUAAAUCCAAUUUUCUUGCCAACUAUUGUGGAGAUAAGCGAUUCUUUGAUAAAUUCUCCUCAUGUUAAUGAUGGUAGAAUUGUAAAUUUUAAUAAUUAAUAAUUUUUAUAAGAUCAAGGUAUUAUUUAUUAAUAAUUAUAAUUAGUAGAUCCAGAAGAGCAUUAAAAUAUAAAAUGCUAAAUUAUUAAUACAAUAAGAAUGAUUCCAUCUAAAAGUAAACAUGAUGAAGCUAGUCAAUAUCUUAUGAAAUGUAAAACGGUUCAAAAUUAAAUAGUAAAAAGAACUUAUGUCCCUGAAAUUACAAAAUAAACCACUGUAAAAUGA